UGUGUGUGUGUGUGUGUGUGUGUGUGUGUGUGUGUGUGUGUGUGUGUUGGUAUAUGUGGUUUGGAAGGACAUUGUACCUGACAUUUCACCUGGGCUCCGCGGACCUAGUGGGAUUAGGCGGACUAUGCCAAGGUCCGCCUAAUUCAAAGAGUGUAUAAGCAUUUGUUAGUGUCUAACUAACAUAUAUUCUCAUUUUCUUUGAAAGUCCUUUUUUACCACUUGACCUGAUUUUGAGUGUAUCCCAGUGUAUAGCACAGCGGACCCCAUCGGUGGGUCGUAGAUUGCAGUUUCUUACACAUUUCUGAUACACAAGUGCAAUUUGCGCGCGCUGUGUUGUGAUUGGGUGGUUGACCUAUGUGGGCGGGGCAUACAGCCAGACGAGUCGACGCUACUCCUGACCACGUUUCGGCUGUCGCCUUUUAAAAAUUAAAUGUACCUGGAGAACAACAACAUGGCGUAACUGAUGAAGCCUACUGGGACAGCGCUGUACACGACGCAAAACAUGCAGAGGAGAAGACGUGUUAACCCAAAGGAAGAUGCAACAUUUUAUAUUACUGCUGGAAGGGACAAAGUGGCACUUGACAUCAAAUACAUCAAUGCCAUCAAAGGUCGUGGUAUCUUCACCUCUGCUCCAUUUGAAAAAGGAGACUUUCUGGUGGAAUACAGAGGUGAACUGAUAACCAAGCAAGAAUGUGAGAGGAGACAGAGAGUCUACCAUGACCACCUCAAAGUCUUUAUGUUUGAGUUCCAUUUCAAUGGAAAACUGUGGUGUGUUGAUGCAUCGACUGAGGAUGGGUCAUUUGGAAGAGUGGUAAAUGAUGACCAUUUAAACCCUAAUGCCAGGAUGAAGUACUUUACCGUAAAAGGGAAGCCCCAUCUGUGCUUAUUUGCAGUAAGAGACAUAGGUCCAGGAGAGGAGAUCACCUACAAUUAUGGUGACUCAAACUGGCCAUGGAGAUGCAAGAAUCCUGGCAAGUCUUUGGAGACGAUACAUGGUGAGGGACCACCCACAUCAAAGCCUUGUACAAGUGAAAAAGAUGUUGACGAGGACACGUCUCAGAGGGGUUGUGAAGCCACAAAUUGCCCUUCGUCAAGUGAAGAUGUUGAAGAGAUGAUGGCUGAGGGCAGCCCGAACAAGCUGGCUGCGAGUUCCAUGAAUCUGCCGAGUCCUCUUCUGGAUCCACUUGGCAAGGUUGAAAAGUUUGUUGACGAGGACACGUCUCAGAGGGGUUGUGAAGCCACAAAUUGCCCUUCGUCAAGUGAAGAUGUUGAAGAGAUGAUGGCUGAGGGCAGCCCGAACAAGCUGGCUGCGAUUUCCAUGAAUCUGCCAAGUCCAGUUCUGGAUCCACUUGGCAAGGUUGAAAAGUUUGUUGACGAGGACACGUCUCAGAGGGGUUGUGAAGCCACAAAUUGCCCUUCGUCAAGUGAAGAUGUUGAAGAGAUGAUGGCUGAGGGCAGCCCGAACAAGCUGGCUGCGAUUUCCAUGAAUCUGCCAAGUCCAGUUCUGGAUCCACUUGGCAAGGUUGAAAAGUAUGUUGACGAGGACACGUCUCAGAGGGGUUGUGAAGCCACAAAUUGCCCUUCGUCAAGUGAAGAUGUUGAAGAGAUGAUGGCUGAGGGCAGCCCGAACUUGCUGGCUGCGAGUUCCAUGAAUCUGCCAAGUCCAGUUCUGGAUCCACUUGGCAAGGUUGAAAAGUAUGUUGACGAGGACACGUCUCAGAGGGGUUGUGAAGCCACAAAUUGCCCUUCGUCAAGUGAAGAUGUUGAAGAGAUGAUGGCUGAGGGCAGCCCGAACAAGCUGGCUGCGAUUUACUGGAAUCUGCCAAGUCCAGUUCUGGGUCCACUUGGCAAGAUUGAAAAGUUGACCACUGAGACUAACCAAAAUCAGCUCACGAGUCCAAAUGAGACUGAUACAGUUUUCAACAGUGAAAAGUGUUGCAAACAUCGCCUGGUGUGCACAACAGUCUCCUCUUUGGACAGAUGCGUUCAGUGUGUGGGACCAGUAUCUGCCUUCAAGUGGCUUGGCUAUCGCUGCAGAGUUUGUUCCGGGGUCUGGCAUAAAUCCUGCCUCAGACAAAUAACAACUGAUUACAUCCAAGACCCAUCACAGCAGCAAAAGUUCCCUAGGUCUUCUGGGGAUGAACUGCUUUCAGAUGAAGACGACCUUCCACAUUCAGAACUGAACCAAAUAUUGGAUGAUGAUGAUUACGUAUCCGAUAUGGACUACGUACCCAACUCAGACUCACACGAUGAUGACGAUGACUAUUCAGAUGCAAGCAUACACUUGAUGCCAAGACUGUUGAAAGCUACACAAAUUCAAGAGAAAGUGGUAAAACCCGAUGUUGGAACAUCUGAUGCCUCAGACACAAACAUCCUAGUUGUGCCCAGCACUUCAAAACAUCCACCUCUUGAAGAUCCCAUGGAAGUCGCAUCUGAUUCAGGAAAUUCCAUCAAAGACUCAUCAAGGGAUCCAGAGGGUAAAGGUGAACUUCAUGAACAAGACUUGCCACAUCUCAUUUUUAGUAAAAAAAAUUACUGUUACAUUUGUGGUAAGCCACAAAGCAAGAUCUCCCGCCAUUUGAGAACACACAAGACACAUGCUGAAGUUGUACGUGCAUUUUCCCUUCCAGAAGACUCAAAAGAGCGCAAGACAAUAUUAGAAAAAAUGAGGAAUAAGGGAAAUUUUCAACACAACACUGAAGUUUUACAAGGUGGAACAGGACCAGUCAAAGUGAAAAGGAAACCAAAAGCUAAAUCACAACCAGGAAAGUUCAUUCACUGUAUGCACUGUCAAGGGAUGUACAUUCGUAAGGAGCUUUGGAGACAUGUCCGCAGAUGCCCCUUUAAGCCAGAAAACCAAGAUUUGGAUAAAGAACCUGGGAGAACUAAAGUGCUGGCUUUGGCUGCAGCUCACGAGUCUGCAUUCUCUCAGCAGAUCUCAAGUGGAGUGUGGAAGCUCCUUGGUGUCAUGAAACAGGAUGAGAUUGCCUCCAUUGUGCGAAAUGACCUAUCUAUUAUUCAGUUUGCCCAGUCGCUCUACAACAAACACGGACAAGACCCUACAAAACAUGAGUACCUGCGACAGAAGCUGCGUGAAGUGGGGCGUUUGUUGUUAUGUCUGCGCACAGAUUUCUCAGUACAAAACUUAGAGGAAGCUGUUAAACCUGCUAACUUCCAGAGAGUUGUGCAAGCAGUAAAGAAAGUUGCAGGUUUUGAUGAAGAAAAAGCCUCAUACCUUACACCAAGCCUUGCGCUGAAACUGGGACAUGCACUACAGAAAAUCUGUGACAUUGUUCAUUGUAGGGCACUCAUGGCAGAAGAUCAAGAACUGAUCAGGUCCACUGAAAUAUUCAAGAAGUUGCAAAUGUCCAAGUGGUCUGAGUUGGUGUCUCAUAGAGCCCUGAACACACUGAGUGAUGCAAAAUACAACAAGCCAUCAACAUUGCCCUUCACAGAAGAUGUUCAGACCCUUCAUCGCUACCUUGACAAAUCUGCAGAAAGUUCAUUUUGCAACUUGAAGGAGACAGCUACCACUCAGAACUAUGCUCAACUUGCAAAAGUCACUCUUGCACAAAUCAUUGUGUUCAAUCGAAGACGUGCUGGGGAGGUUUCAAAAAUGCGUCUCAAAAGUUUUCAUGAAAGAGACAACACAAAGCUCCAUGACGAUGUGGCCAUGGGUUUGUCAAAGACUGAGAAGAGACUCUGCAACUAUUUUAGCCGAAUCGAAAUAAUGGGAAAAAGAGGCAGAAAGGUUGCAGUUCUGCUCACACCAAGAAUGGUUGAUGCCCUGUCACUUCUUGUCAGUAACAGAGCUGAAUGUGAUGUUUGUGCCACAAAUGUCUUCCUGUUUGCAAGACCCAAAUCAAUGAGCUACUACAGAGGACAGGACUGUUUACGUGUUCAUGCAAGUCAGUGUGGAGCAAAGCACCCUGAGUACCUUAGGUCAACACAUCUCAGGAAACAUGUUGCUACACUCUCGCAGGUCCUUAAUUUAAAAAACAAUGAACUUGAUCAGGUUGCAGAUUUCUUGGGUCACGACAUCCGUGUUCACCGCGAUUUCUACAGAUUACCAGUUCCCACAACUCAACUGGCCAAGAUUUCCAAACUGCUUUUGUCAAUGGAAAAAGGAGAUCUUUCCAGCAUGCAGGGGAGAUCACUGGAUGAGAUUGAAAUUGAAGAAAUCGCGGUAAGUGAUGCUGAGGCCAAGGACAGGGAAAGUGAGCCUGAGAGUGAUGAAGCAGGGUGUGGAACCAGCAAACCUGUGGAUGAUGCAGACUCAACAUUCACAGCUGCGGAAAUGGUGUCAGCGGUGUCAUCCACAGUAAUCAAGACUGCCCCUCCAUCUGAAGGAAAAGUUGACCAUCGCGAAGCUGGGGCCAGAAGAUUGUGUCCGAAGAGAGUGUGGAUUAAGGCUGAGGUUGCUGCAGUGAUGCGCUAUUUCAGCAAGCAAAUAAAAGAAGGAAAACUGGCCACCAAAGCUGAGUGCAGUCACUGCAAGGAGGUAGAGGGGCCCGUGUUGGCAGAGAGAACUGUCCAAAAUAUUAGGGACUUUGUCAGAAACAGAGGGAGGGCUGCAAAAAGGCAGCAACAAAAACUGUAAACUGUAAAAACUGUGUGUGGGGGUGAGGGGUCGGGUUUUUUUUUUGUUAGAAGCAGGAAAGCUAAUGGUUCUUGUGCAGUUAUGCCAAUAUACAGUUAAAAUAAUAUGAAGCUACAGUGAUCUCUUUUGUUAUAAUUUAUAAUUUUUUUUAAUGUUUUCGUUAUGCUGAUAUGUUAAACUUUCACGUCUUCACACACAAGCUGGGAACCCAGAGCAAUUCUCUUUUGUUUUAAUUUAUUUAUUUUUUGUUGAGGGCAACAAAAAGUUAGAAAAAAAAACUGUUAACCCACAAUGUGUGGGGGUGAGGGGUCUGGUUUUUUAGCUAAUGUAGCUAUAAAAAAAGUUGCCAAUAUACAGUUAAAAUAAGCUGUGAAGCUACAGUGAUCUCUUUUGUUUUAAUUAAUUUAUUUUUAUUUGUGGAUAUUCUGAUGUGUUAAUCUUGGAUGACAUAUUUUCAAAGUUGUGUGGAAUGACAGUUCUAACAUUUACAAUUUAAAUGCAAUAGUUUAAAAUGUCAAGACUCAA